AUGGCGACAAAAUACACUUUGUUAUAUCAUCCGGGCACACCUGGUCGUGGCGAGUUUAUCCGCCUUGCGCUGGAAGCCGCUCAAGUGCCGUACUCAGAUCCAGCCAACGCGUCCAAGGAAGGGGCCAAAGAAGUCUACUCCCUCCUUGGCGAGAACGUCACUUAUGAUGCGGAGGGCAACCCACCGCCGUUUGCACCCCCAAUGAUGAAGAUCGCCGGGGCUGGGAAGAAAGGCGGAGAUCUAUUGCUAUCGCAGACGCCAAAUAUCCUUCUUUACCUUGGACCCAAGCUUGGUUUGUCCGGAGAGGACGAAGCCGAUGUUUUCUUCGUAAAUGAGCUUACACUGACAGCGCUUGAUCUGUGCAACGAGACACACGACACACACCAUCCAAUUGCUGUGAUGAAAUAUUACGAGGAGCAGAAAGAAGAGGCUCUCAGGAGGUCGAAGGACUUCCGCGAAUCACGCAUCCCCAAAUUUCUUGGCUACUUCGAGAGGACACUGAAGGGCAACAAAGCUGGAACGGGCAAAUACCUUGUCGGUAGCAAGCUGACGUAUGCGGAUACAACACUUUGGCACGUGGUGGAUGGUUUGUAUUUUGCGUUCCCGAAGGAGAUGGAAGCAAGGAAGGCAGAUUUUCCGGUUGUUCUGCAGGACUUUUAUGAGGGACUUAAAGAGGAAACAGGAAUCAAGGCGUACCUGGCUAGUGGCCGCAGAAUGAAGUUCUCAAUGUGUAUGUUCAGGCACUACCCCGAACUGGAUAGGCAGUGA